UUGCUAAGAUGAGGAUUGUGUUGAGUGGAUCGGCGGAUCUCCGUUGUCAGCGGUCAUCAUCUGGUAGCGGUAACUGUUGUGUCCCGGGUUGGCGUUCAGUUCCAGAACCGGUGAAGGAAAUCUGUGAGUCGCGGGAAUAUCCCGCUGAUAAUCAGGUCAUGCAACAUGUCCGGUGUGUGCUGGUGUACUUAUUAGUGCUGCUUGUAGGUGUACUCGAUGUCCGGCAGACACUAUCCGUUGAAGACCGAUGAGUUGACCUCGGCCGGGCAGGAACGCUUCUUGAUGCGAUAAAUAAUUCCCGAGUGCACGCUACGGUCCAGAACGACACCAUCAUCAGUCGAGAAUGCUGGAUUAUCAUCCGCAGCUGGAAACUGGACACGUUUCAGACAUCAGGAACUUGUCCUCGUCAAAGCCAUGCGUGCCAAGCUGCGAGGUAAAAGCUGUGCAAGCCGGCACCGUUCCCGUACACGGAGAAGGAAGACUCGGUUCUGCAGACUUUCAAGGACAUCGUGUUCAGACCACCACCAAUUAGUAAAAUCAAAAUACCAAGAUCGUUGCCCUCGAUGGACUAAUUGAUACUGGCGGCAAGUUAGCCGAAUUAUGAGCUGAUGAAAAACUCUUCCCAGCGUUGUGGACUCCGCUUUACUAAAUCAACUCGUUCGUGUACGACCUGCGUAAGCUUAGCAAGCGGACAUGUUUCUGAUGUCUGAAACGUAUCCACUUUUUAGCUGCGGAUGAAAAUAUAGCAUUCUCGACUCAUUAAGGUACGACACUGGACCGCAGCGUGCACUUAGACAUCAUUUAGCGGCAAUGUUGACCGUGGAGGAUCGCAUCAAGAAGUGUUCCAGCCCGGCCGAGGUCAACUCACCGGUCUUCAUCGGGCAGUAUCUGCCGAACAUUGAGUACAUCUACAAGCAACAUUUUCUAAAAAUACAUCAUCACACACCGGUACUGCUCGUUUACGACUGAUUGUGAGCCCAGAGGACCGACAACGAAAAAAUGCCGUCAGUGGUGGUUGGUUCAGGCCUGAGUUCAGGGACAAAGCACGCUCAUACGAUGAACUGGCUUCCUAUUUCGACCCGUGACAGUGUUCUCCAAAUACGACAGAAUCGCAAAGAUUGUCAACAGACUUAAAUUUCCAGGAUGCUGUCAAAAUGCCACAAGCCUAUUGCCGGCAGUGCCUUCUGCUUGAAUAGUUCCGGCCACCUGUGCCGGUUGAAGCGAAGUCAACUGACGGCAUGAUUGUCACGUGAAUCUUGACAGGUUUAACUAUGGUCGAAUGAUGACGUUUCAAAUUAUAUAGAAACCGUCGCAUGGAAGACUUUCGCCGGAAUCGCACGCGAGUCGGACUCGCUCAACUCGCUGGUGAAAUUCAUCCCCCGGACAACGAUGGGUUUCGUGCGGGAAGUGGUCAACACGUUCCGGCAAAAGGACACCCGCGCCAUCGUCCUAACCCGGUUGGGUGCCCUCGAGGGUCGGAUCCAGAAGGUAAAGGGCGGAGCCCGGGGUGAGUUUUUCGCCUUCAAGGGUAUCCGCUACGGACAGGCCCCGGUUGGGGCGUUGCGUUUUAAAGCGCCCGUGGCGGAGCUGCCCUGGAAGGGCAUCAAGGGUGCCCUGAGGGAGGCGUCCGUGUGUCCCCACCGGAGUAUGCUGCUGGACAACUUCAAGGGCAGCGAGGACUGUCUGUUUCUGAACGUGUACACGCCGGACUUGCCCAUCGGAGACUACAACCCCAACUUCCCAGUCAUGGUCUGGGUCCACGGCGGCGCUUUCUCGUUCGGCUCCGGCAACGCUUUCCUGUACGGUCCGGACUACCUCGUCCCGGAGGGCGUGGUGCUGGUCACCUUCAACUACCGGUUGGGUCCGCUCGGGUUCCUGAGCGUCGGUCGUGACGCUCCUGGAAACGCCGGCCUCAAGGAUCAGGUGCUGGCCCUCAAGUGGGUCCGGGAUAACAUUGCGGCGUUCGGGGGUAAUCCGAAGGAGGUCACCAUUUUCGGGCAAUCGGCGGGGGCCGUUUCGGUGCACAUGCUGAUGAUGUCCCCGCUGGCGAAGGGUCUGUUCCACAAGGCGAUCGCCCAGAGUGGUUCCGCGCUGAAUCCGUGGGCGAUGGCUACAAAUCCGAAGGAGAGGGCGUUCCGGCUGGGGGCGCUGAUGGGUUGUUAUACGAACGAUACGGAGGAGUUGCUGUAUUAUCUGAGGAGGGCAAGCCCGCAGAAGAUCGUUGAUCUGGCUUCGCGUACGAUCACGCAGGAGGACGUUAAGCGAAGUAUAGGGUUGCCGUUUGUGCCAUCGGUGGAGAACUGGACCGGCGAGGACGCUUCCGAUGAGGCUCCGUUGAUUUCGGAAGAUCCGUUGACGAUAAUGAAGAGUGGAAAGUACAACAAUGUUCCGCUGAUUGUGGGCUUCAACUCGCACGAAGCUAUGCUGUUCUUGAGACGAGUCCACAAGGAUCCAAACCUGCUGCAAAACAUCGACGGUGACUUCCAGCGGUUGAUCCCAGUUGAUCUGGAAGUGAAACGUGAUUCUGAAGAGGGAGCUCAGUUAGCGCGUUCAAUGCGCAAGUUCUACAUGAACGAUGAGCACAUUACCAACUCGACUGUUCAGAACCUGAUGGACCUAAUGUCGGACGUGAUGUUCGAGCACGGGAUCGCAGACAUGGCCCGGCUGCACGCGGCCCACAACGGGCACGACUCGACCUGGCUGUACCGGUUCGCGUACGACGGUGCCCUCGGCAUCUACAAGCGGAUACUGGGCAUCGAGUGGCCGGGGUCAUGCCACGGCGACGAGCUGGGCUACCUGUUUCACUUUGGCGUGCUCAACAUCCGGCUGGACAACUCGUCGCUGGAGCUGCAAACCAUGACCAAGAUGACGCGGAUGUGGACCAACUUUGCCAAGUACAGCAACCCCACGCCGUACGGCGCGAACGACGCCGUGGUCGGCCUGCGCUGGCCCUGCCUGAUUCCGAACUCGAUGACGGACCUGCCGUACCUGGACGUGACGAACAGUAUGACGGCACGGCACAACCCGGACGCGGAACGGCUUCGCUUCUGGGAUCGCACCUACGAGAAGUACAACGGCCCCAUCCUGGAGGGGCGCAGCUAGACGCGGAUUCCGAGAGUGUUUUUAAAUUAGCGUUAAAAAAAAGAAGAAGAAAAUAGCUAUUAUUUCCGCAAAACAAAACAAGAUGGAACUAUUUUUCCAGUGCUGCUAUAUUAGAAAACAGAAUCAUGUAUUUUUAAACAUUCCCUUUCUCGCGGUAGAUAAAAGUAUGAGUGAGAUUGAGUGAGUCCGAUGCCAGUUUUUUUAAGUGAGAGAUUUUUGCGGAAACCUUUCUUGUAUUUGAAAAUUCUAGUUCCCUAGUUGUGUAAGCCUUUAGAAAACUAGUGAAUUCGUUGCGUUUUUUUCGGAUAGUUUUAGGUGAACCAGAUUAUUGACUGACUGACGAAAAUGUGUUUUAAAAGAAGAUGAAAUAAACGAUACCUGUUCUUUAAAA